AUGGCGGAACAACAGGACAAUGCGCAGUCCAUCAGUGCUGAUGAAAUCGCGCUGUAUGACCGACAGAUUCGGCUGUGGGGAGUGCAGGCCCAAGAAAAAAUCCGAUCGGCGAACAUUCUACUCAUUACCGUGAAAGCUCUUGCGAAUGAGGUAGCCAAGAAUCUGGUCUUGGCAGGCAUUGGCUCGCUCACCAUCAUCGACCAUCAAGUUGUCACAGAGGAGGAUUUAGGUGCCCAGUUCUUCGUCGCCGAAGCACAAAGCGAGCAGGAUGUGAUCGGAAAGAAUCGCGCUGAAGUCGCAGGACCACAAAUCCACAAAAUGAACCCUCGAGUCAAGCUCCAUAUCGACACUUCCGACGUCAAGACCAAACAACCCGAAUUCUUCGCAAACUUCGACAUCACAAUCGCCACAGAACUUGACUUCCUCACCAACACAACCGUGAACGCCGCCUGCCGACUGGCCAAUAGGCCCUUCUACGCCGCCGGACUACAUGGCUUCUACGGCUAUGCCUUCGCCGAUCUAAUCAGCCACGACUUCGUGAUCGAGCGCAGUAAAUCCAACAUGACAACCGCAGCCCAAGAAACCCCAACCCGCAGCGUCAUCGACAUAACCACCAAAAUCGAACCCAACAAGGUCAUCGAGCUAGUCACCAAGCGCGAGGUCUACUCCCCGCUAAUCCUAGCAAACACAUCCCCAUUACCCGAAGAAUACACACGUCUCCCCCGGCGACGCAAGCAAGUAACUCCACUACUGAGCUGCCUGCGCGCACUAUGGGAAUUCGAAAAACUACUCGGCCGCCGACCAACCUUCACGCACGAAGACCUGGAACUGUUCACGAAGUUAUCGCGUGACCGACACCAGGAGUUGAAGCUGGAACCGCUGACAUUGGACUCAGUGUUUUUGCGGACGUUCUUGCAGAACCUGGGCAGCGAGCUGAGUCCCGUUGCGGCGUUUUUGGGCGGUGCGCUGGCGCAGGAUGUUAUCAAUGUUCUUUCGGCGAGGGAGCAGCCACUGCAGAAUAUGUUGCUGUUUGAUGGCGAGAAGAGCGUGGGCCCUAUCUAUUCCCUUCAUCCUUUCUUCCCUGAUAUUAGCGGGGCGGAGAUGGCUGCUGUGCCGCCGGUUAGGAAUCCGAUCACGGUGCCUGUUGCUGGGGGUUUGUGA